UGUGUUAUUGAUGUUUAAAGUGUAACGAUUUUAUUCAUAUUUUAUUUAUCUAAUUUAGAAUUAGUGUCAUUUAGUUUCUUUAGGUAGAAAUUGCAUAUAAGGAAACAGAGUCUCGGCUCAAGUUAGAAUUUCUAACCACUAUCUAGGCACAGGCUUGAAAACCAAGAUAACCGUAGAUAACUGUCAUUUACAGUCAAUUACUCUGAAGGAAACCGAUGAAUACUCUUAUGUAGCCAAAUGUCGCAUUAACUUUCGAAAACUGUCUAAACACAAUAAAACACAAUAAAAAAUUUUGGGAAUAUAAGAAGUAUAGAUUUUUAGAGUUAAGUCUAGCUAGCUGCGAGAUUUCCGUAUAUCUCAUAAUCAACUCUCAAUUGUGGUGGAAUAUACAUUGCUGAUUAUUACAAUUCUGGAAUUUGUUAGUGCAGUUAUUUUUUUUUAAAAAAGAGAAUGCCAAUAGAUCAGAUUCAGUAUUCUGAGAAAUACAAUGAUGACAAAUACGAAUACAGGCAUGUGAUACUACCAAUUGAUCUAGCCAGACACGUUCCAAAGACUCAUCUGAUGACAGAAUCGGAAUGGAGGAAUUUAGGGGUUCAACAAAGUCCUGGAUGGGUUCAUUAUAUGAUGCAUGGGCCAGAACCACACGUUCUAUUAUUUCGCAGACUAAGAAGCGAUCUAGUGAUAGCGUCCAGUUGUACCGCUUUACAAAGGGAACAAACUAUGCUUUGUUGUAAUUGAAUUUGAUGAAUGAUGUGUAAAUAAUUCAGUAUAAGAUAAUAUGCAAAUGUGACCAAAAAAAAUGUAUAAAUUGUAUUCUGCUAUGUUUAUAAAUAAUUAUUUAAAAAAGAAAAAAAGAA